AUGGCUCAAAAUGCCCCGCUAAUUCGUGUGAGCCGCAAACGGACUGCUGACCCCCAUGAAGCACUAAUCGUCCAGAUAAAAAGGGUUAAACAGGCGGAACCCGUCGUAUUCACGCUUUUCAAGACCAAGGAUGCUAAGCUAGCGGAACACGCUGAUGAAGAAUUGGCCGGAGUCCCAGUUGUCGAUCUUCCCACUCUUCCGGAAAGUGACCAACCAAUGGAAGAAGAAGAAGGGUGUUCAAAUCCUCUUGCAUUUGUGAAUGAUUCGGCAAUUGGACAAAUUGGAGGAGAGAAGGUUGAAAAACCAAAGGAAGCUGAUAGAGUGAUGUUGAAUGGAAAAGUUCUUGUACCAGUAGCUCAAGAAGCUCAAAAUUCUCCAGAGGACGAUGUCGUUUUCGACUACUACAAGGUUCGCCUAGAUAACGAUUGCAAUGUUGCCUUGUAUUCGCACAAAUUCUUGGAAUCCAAUGCAGUUUCUCAUGACACUUUUGAUGUCCGAUUUGCGAGCAGAUAUGAAGCAGAGCUCGUAAACCCACAUGAGUCUGACAAUGAUUCAGAUAUUCGCGCGGAUGACGAUGAUGAUUCAAAUGCUGAGGACAAUUGGAGAAACGACUACCCCGAUGAGGACUCAUAUGAUGAAAACUCGGACAGUGACGAUAUAUAUGGUGAGCUGACAGCAGAAAAUUGGCAUAAUGGAGAAAAUGCUUUCCCUGACGAGGGAAUUCAUCGAAGAUUUGCAAACUUUGCUAUCAAUGAUCGUUAUGAGUCGUAUUUCGAAGGUGAAGACACUGAAGACGACGGAGAGCAGUACUAA